CAAUUUUCUAGUCAGAGAACAUGAUCCUUUCUUUAUUUAAUUUUCCUAUUUAUCCUAGAAACUUGUUUUUCGCUAGCGGGUGGCAGUUUGCUGCUUUCCCGCGCUUUUGCUAUGUUACUGACAGAAACAUUUCAAUUAUUAUCGUUCUUUUCCGGUUAACAAUACUAUUAUGGCGCCAAAUACAAGUCAUUUCCAGAUUUAAAUACCUCGUUUGAGUCGAAAAAUUUAGCUUGUCAAAAUCACUGACAGAUUUGCUUGUACUCGCAUUAAUUUUUCAUGCUGUCAAUUCACGCGCGAAUAAUUGGCGCCCUGUAGCAAGGUGGCAAAGAGUCAUAAACAAGGCCACUUAUGAAUGUAAGAACAAACAUCAUCAGGAAAAGAUGAAGUGGAAGAGGAUGACUUCUACCUUAAUAAUCUUUUGUACCCUUGCUCCUUGUGAAUAAAGAUUUCUUAAGCUCGAUCGGUUGUUGCGUUUUUGGUCAAGCCCCCAUGAGCCGAGAGCCUUGAAUGGUUUGUGAUCUGAUCUUUAAAUUUGUCCAUGAUCCGAAGUUAAAACCAAACUCCGCGACCUGUUUUGACAUGACGUAAUGCAAUCCCCACACUCCACUGACUCUCGAUUCAACGGUAGGACGGGGUUUUUCACGCUUGUUAACUCCGGAAAAGAUCUUGCCCGAUAUCUAGACGCAACAGUGAAGUUGCUAAUUACGCAGUGGAAAAUUGACACACAUCCUCGGCAGAGUGAAUUUUUCACCUCGCUUAGCUCUAUGGUGGCGGGCGACAGGAAAUCACCAUGAGGAGCUAUGCCGGCUGAUCGCUUUCGAACCAUAAAACCCAGGACAGCUUUAGUGUUUCUCGCCGUUGGCCUUCUACAGAUUUUCGGUACCCUCGCAAGUUUUGACUUCUCCAAAUCAACUUUCAUCUGUCAAGGAAGCGAGAAAAAGAUAACUUAUGCUCUAAUAUCUGGAGGGUACAGACAUGAACGGGCGGUUGUUGGUAACGCACGUUUUCUUAGCUCCUCAACAAAUCUCCAUAGCUGUAUCUCACGCUGUUGUAGUUUAACAUGGUGCAAGCAUGCUUUCGUGUCGCAACGCAAGUGCUACGGCGAGCCAUGCACUGGAAGUCCUCCCUUGUAUCGAAGACAACGAAGUCUUGUUCCCACCACAGGCUACCUUCACACAACGUCCACACUAACUCCAGCGGAAAGUGCGCAGCAAGGUAGCAUUUGAAUUAACCUUGUAUAUCUUUGAUUUGUUUUACUAUACCUAAUUGAUCUAUCACCAGUAACGAUGCAACACGCAGUGCGUAAACCUUGAACAGCUUAGCAGUGGUUCGAUUGUAACGGGUUUAACCAAGCAUAAUUUCAACAAAUAGGUCUUUAGCUAAGCAGCCGGUAUUUAAUUAAAUACACUGUUGAUUCCUGUCGGUACUCAGAUCUGUUUUUGGCAUUAUAUUUUUACUUUUAUCUUUAAUAAUCGGCCAUUUUUCACACAUUUUUUUCUCUGUAUCUGGCUUGUAUGACGCGGUGAUAAGAACAGUUAUGAUCUAAACCUGCUGGAAUGAACGCGGGGGGAAAAUUUGACAUUUCAUGAUUUUCUCCCCUUUAAUAGCGUUUUUAUUUGUUAUGUUAAAUAUAUUUUUACCGAUUUUGCUGAUUAAUUUGUGGAGAUGUCAUCGAUUGCCUUGGGGAAGGUCGAGAAAGAAGAGACUUUUUCUCCUUUUAAGGUUACCGUAUACCUUCAGAGGUGUCUCGCGUCCAAGCGAUGUAGUGCGUCCGAUUUAAACUAACGAUAGGUAAACUCCACAUCAAAUUAAAGCUUAUAAAGCUGGCUAUCAAGCUAUACCAAGAAGUUUGAAAUAAAAUGAAUUGUGGAGUAUUUCACGACCUCUAAAUGGGAGCUUCCGAAACACCUUUUGAAAGCUUCAAGUCAAAGGGCUUUGUUCGUUAAUUUUCCCUUAAGU